AUGCGUUCUUUACUGCUAGACCUACUAAUCUGUAUUUUACUUGUUAAAGUUAGUAAGAGCGAAAAAAUUACUUUCGAAAAUGUAACAUUCCGGUGGCGUGUUGAUAACGAACUAAUAGAAUCGGUAGCUACAUCUGAGAGUCUUAAGAAAAUCAUUCCUGAUGUAACCAAAGUGUCGGUGCACAUCUUGGGACACGUUCCCAUCUUGUACGAAAAAUCGAUUUUCGAUAUACCAAAUUUGAACGGACUUAACUUGUCCGAUGUGGGUUUGGAGGAAAUCGAAUCGCAAGCUUUUGGUAACUUACCACCUUUGGAAAAUCUCCUUCUAUCGUGGAAUAACUUGACACAAAUCAAAACUGAUACUUUUUCCGAUCUAAAUGUAUCGAAUGUAGAUUUGUCUUUCAACUCAAUCACCCUUCUAGAACCAGGAGCCUUCAAGAAUUUCAACGCUUCUAUCGUGUCACUUGAUAGCAACAGACUCACUGAAUUGUUAAGUGGUGUUUUUGAGAACGUUACCCUUGGAAGCUUGAGUUUGAAUGAUAAUCUUCUCCACACCAUCCCACCAACGGCUCUGUCUUCAAUUGGACUGACAAAAUUGUAUUUGCUUGGGAACAAUUUCGAAGAAAUCGAUCCGGAAGUCUUUGACCUGCAAGAAUUGGUAUCACUCGAUUUGGAUUACAACUCAAUCAAGCUUCUGCGACCUGGUGAUUUGAGAAACUUGCCAGAGUUGAAGAAACUCUGGCUUUCGGGAAACGAGUUGGAAGAAAUCCCAGAAGGGGUUUUCAACAACACCAAACUCAUCUAUUUGUAUCUAGCCACAAACAAUAUUGUUAAAAUUGCGAGUAAAGCUUUUGACGACAUGUCUGCGCUUAGAGUGUUGAACAUUGACUUCAAUAAUGUUACACAUUGGGAUGAUAAUUGGCUGAGUGGGGCAAAAUCAGUUUCUGAAGUAUCAGUCAGGUAUAAUUUGAUUACUGAGAUUCCAGACGAAGUAUUCAAGAAUAACUCUGAUGUGACAAGUAUUAAUUUCCAGGGAAAUAAAAUUAGGAAUAUUUCAGCUAAAACGUUUUAUAAAUUAGAACACAUUGAUUAUUUAAAUUUGGCCAAUAAUGAGAUUGAUAACUGGAAUCCAGAUUUAUUGGUUGAUGUUAGUGUUGGUAGUUUGGAUUUGAAGGAAAAUAAGUUAUCCUGUAUUGAAGGAGAUUUGGAGACAGUUUUCAGAAAUGUUGAAAGUACCCAUUUAGAGAAUAAUCCUUGGAAUGAACAGUGUGUUAAGAAGGUUGAGGAGUUUAUAAUGAACAAGAAGGUGGAUGUAUCCUAA